AUGAUUCCAAGUGUAACCGGCUUAAUCAUAUUCUACUCUGGUUUGAUACCAAUCAGCUUGAAUGUAACCUUAGAAAUGGUACAGUUAUGCCAGGCAUACUUUAUUGAGCAAGAUUUGCAUCUUUACGAUGAGGAUUCAGAUACAACAGCUGAAGUGCGAAGUUCAAAUUUAAAUUCUCAACUUGGGCAGGUUCGUUAUAUAAUCAGUGAUAAAACUGGUACGUUAACGAAAAAUAAAAUGUGCUUCAAAAUGUGUUCUGUUGGCGGGGUCAAGUAUGGUACAGAAGAAAAAGAAAAGUUCGAUGAUAAAAGAAUUCUUCACGAUUUAGCAAACAAUACUAAUAACGCAGAAGCUAUACGUGAAUUCUUGACUUUGAUGGCCAUUUGUCAUACGGUUGUACCAGAGAAGUUAACUAAUUCUGAAGUGCAAAAAAUUGUCUACCAUUCACCUUCUCCAGGUUUGACUUAUUAUUACAAAUUAGAAUAAUA